CUCUCGUACGAAUUGCAAUAUCAUUGCAGACUUUAGCGUUGCAAGAGCUAGGGAUAAGCCAAAGCCCCUGAGUUCGUUCGUUGUAUGUGUGAUUUUAUUUAUUUUUUUCUGUCAAAAAAAAAAAAUGUUUUGGAAUCGGAGUCUCAUUACGAUUGAGUUUGAAAUGAUCUGUCUUUAAAAAAAAAGUUAGUUGAAAAUAACUUGACAGGAAUCGUGAGUCGAAGUCCCAAGUUUCUCUCUCUCUCUCUCUCUCUCUCUCUCUCUCUCUCUCUCUCUCUCUCUCUCUUCUCUCUCUCUCUCUCUCUCUCUCUCUCUCUCUCUCUCUCCCCCUCCCUCAAUCGUCGUGUUGUACCUUCCCCGCUUCGGCAACGUAAGGAAGAGCGAAAGUAAGAGAGAGAAGGAAAAGUGCACGAAGUCCACAGUAAACAGAGGGACAGAAGAUUUACGAUGAGAGAAAGGGUGACCGCGUAAGAAAAGAAGAGGGAAAAAGAAAAAAAAAAGUUCAUGAACGUGGGUCAUAUUCCAAGAUUUUGUGCUUCUGUCUCUCUCGGUGUGUCUUGUCUUCUCCUUUCUCUGUCUCUCUCUCUGCCUCUUUUUCCCCUUCCUCGCCUCUCUCUUUCUCUUCCUCCGUCGCCCUCCGUGCGAUACGCGACCACCCAGCCCGAGGACCGCGAAUGGACACUCUCCGCCCGCGCCUCCCGCCGCUGCCCGUCGGCGCUCCGGCAGCGCGCUUGCCGUCGUCGGCGCUGGCGGAGCGGGAGAGCGAGAGGGAGAGAGGGAGAGCGAGAGAGUGAGAGGCGAGCGGGAGAUUGUGGCCUCAGUCUCCCGCAAAGUCCCGCGGAGUCUCGACGGAUGUGAGGAGAGGCGACGUGCGCUGCGCAGGUGUCGGGAGCGGCGGCGGCGGCGGCGGCGGGGAGGAUAGACAACGCUCCGCCACCGGGCCCCCGCGAUACACUGUGAAAUUCGCCCUCCUUGGGAUCGAGCCGUCGGCCGCGCCGGGUCCUCGCCGAUGGCUGCGGCUGCGACUCGGCUCAGGGGCUGCGGGCUUCCUCCGCCGUCGCCCUCGCCAUCUGCUACUGCUGCUGCCGUGGCUCCUGCUGCUGCUGUGGCUUCUCCUGCUGCUGCUGCUGCUGCUGGACUCCUCAUCCGGACGCGGCCGUGGCGACUCCACACUCGAAGGCAGUCAGACACAGACGCCGCCAGUUCUCGCUGGGGUGCUUCGAGUGCGUGCAGCAUUUGCAACAUAGCCACCAGGAACUUCGUCCCCCACACUCUCUCUCUCGCCGCCUCGCUCCCUGGCUUCGGAACUCUGCGCUUUCCCGGCCUCCGCCAGUUCCGCCCUGCCGCUGCACUGCCUCCGGUUCGGGAAACUCUCGCAAGAGCAAUUGUGACGUUUCGACUUUUGAAAGAGAAAAUAUUGAAAAGGAAACAGAGAGAGAGAAGGAGAAAGAGGGAGAAGGAGAGAUGGAAUAAUGGAAAGAAAAUUCGAGAUGGAGGCACGUUGUUUUAAAAGAUGACUUUCCACACAACACCAUCCCAUACGACCCCACCUGCCUUCCCUCACAGCACAAAAAUUAUACGAUUUCGCCUUUGAAAUUUCUCGUACGACAUUCCCACAAUGGCCGGCCACCAUUAGGGCUCGCGAGGGAGAGGAAGAGAGGAAGAAAUCCGUCCAGGAUGCUUAGGAAGACAGUGCCAACGCUGCAUAAACGAGGGAGUUCUUAAUGACAGCUACACCGGCGCUGCUGAGACCACCUGCUGGGGAGACCGCUCAGCUAUAGCGACCUGGGAGGGGGUAGAGGGGAGGCUGGGGUGGAGGCAGAUUAGGGAGUAGAGAGAGGGGGAAGGAAUAGGAACAGGGAGAGAGAGGAAGAAGAGAGUAUGGGAAGGAGGGAGGGCGGAGAGAUAUAACGUGAAGAAAGUGGUGUUUUUGGUGAGAGAGAGAGAGAGAGAGAGAGAGAGAGAGUGAAAGAGGAGAGAGAGAGAGAGAGAGAGAGAGAGAGAGAGAGAGAGAGAGAGAGAGAGAGAGAGAGAGAGAGAGAGAGAGAGAGAGAGAGAGCGUGUGUGUUUGUAUAUGCGUGUGCGUGCGCGUGUGUAUGACUCUAAAACACUACCCGCACGCAGGCGCCCAGCCGGUGUGCCAGAGAUAACCCGUGAACGCCAGCCUAUCGUGAGAGCCUUAUUGCAGGACGCCUGUUACCGGCUGUCUGUCAGAUAUCGACUCCCCUUUCCCCUCACUCCCCCUUGCCCCUCCUCCCCUCUUUUCCCCUUCCUCCUUCC